AUGGUAUUCGUGGGUAUGUCACUCGCUGGCGCAGCGGCCUUCUGGCAGUGGUGGCCCGGGACCAAGGGGCUUUCCUUGGAAAAAGUCAGCGAAGUCUUUCAUGAUGAAGUAGCGGCGAUACUCGAGUCGGAAGAACAGGUGGUCACCAAUGGGCCGCAAGUUGUCGGGGUGAAGAAGGCGGAGGUUGACAGUGUUAUGAUUCAAUAG